CGAUCCUGAAGCAAGUCAGUGUAGCAGUGUCAUGGACAUGGGGUGUAAGCCAUACCAGCCUGAUCCAAAAUUCAUCGAAGUACAGCAACUUCCAAACAAGAUUUUGCGGUUUCAGAGUAACACCGUCUAUAAGAAGUUUAAAAAUGGCGGACUCGGUGAGGUUUGUCGCUCCGUGCGCCCCCUAGUGGUCUUCUACGUAAAUGAAGCGCCGCUCGGGCCCAGGAGGAGAGUGAAGGAAAGAUGGCGGCUGGAGCUGAAGCGGCCAGUAGCGGCGGCCGCAGCAGCUCCUCGGCGGUUCUGGAAGCGACUCUGGACCGCCGGUUUCAGGGAGUUACGAACACGAUGGAGUCCAUUCAGAGCUUGUCCUCGUGGUGCCUCGAGAAUAAGAAACACCACGGGGUCGUAGUGCGCUCCUGGAUGAAGUGGCUCAAAAAAUCGGAUGCCAAUCACAGGCUGAAUCUCUUCUACCUCGCUAAUGAUGUCAUUCAGAACUGCAAGAGGAAAAACGCCAUCGCUUACCGCAGCACGUUUGCUGAAAUCUUGCCUGGCGCCGCCCUGCUGGUCAAGGAUGCUAAAGUGCGUAAGUCGGUGGAGAGGAUCUUCAACAUUUGGCAGGAGCGCAGUGUUUACCCAGAGGAGUUGAUCACUGAGCUGAAGGCAAAUCUCCAGAAAAAAGAGACGGCGCCCCCUUCAGCUCCAGUUACUCCUAAAGCUGCCCUCAAGUCCAAGAUCGUAGCAGAGUUCGCACCUCAGGCGUUUAUCGAUCGCCUCACUGCGUACAAGCGCUCGUUAGAGGAGAGCGAUCUGAAGGAGAAACAGCUCGCCGCUCUCAGGGUCGACGUCUGCAGCACCGAAGCUCUCAAGCGUCUCAAAGAUAAAGCAGGAGGAAAUAAAUUCUCAAAGGAUUUCGAGGAAGGCAGCACGAAGCUGCAGGAGGUUGUGAAGUUUCUGGAAGGACAGAAGGAGGAAGGACCGGUGCUGCUCGAGGCUCUGGGGAACGCUGACGUUUUUUAUGAAAUGCAGUACAAAGAGGUCAAAAUUGUCGCCAACGCAUACAAGACGUUCGCGAACCGUGUUUCGAAUCUGAAACGCAAACUGGACGCUCUGAAAGCCACGCUGCCGGACGUCGAGUCUCCAGUUCCCUCGCCCUCGGAGGACGCGCCCUCGCCCUCCGGGUCUGAAUCGCCCUUUCACGGAUUGGGACGCAGCCAACGGCCGAAAGACGAGAAAGACAACAGAGAUGUGGAGGACAUGGACAUGUCUGAUGAGGAGACCGCGAACAACACGAGCGUUAUUGUCGAAGACAAAAAAGAAAAAGCGCCUCCGCCGAUAGUUUCCAAAUCCACCAGUGCAAUAGCAGCCAAGUCCCCUACUUUAGCCCCUCCCACAAAAACAACAUCCGAGCCCGCAGCCGUUCAGACAACGUCUUCGUCUGCGGUGACCUCGCCCACUACUACUCUGAGCCCCGCCCCUUUAAAUCUGGCCAAUGUGGAUCUGGGAAAGAUCAGCUCUAUACUGAAUAGCAUCACUAAUGCCAUGAAGAACACUGGUGUGAGUCCUGUGUCUCGCCCCUCUCCGGGAACUCCCACUACACAACCAAGCCACACCCCCACAGCAAAAGCCACGCCCACUGUCGGAACUGCGGCACCCAAUCCGCUGGCCAGCAUCCUGUCGAGAGUGGAUAUUUCGCCAGAAGGAAUCCUGAAUGCGCUCACAAAGACACACACACACUCUGGUAAUGACACGCGCACACACUCUGGUUUGUCUACUUUGCUUUCCUCCGCCCGUGCUGGUACUCUCACCUCCCCAAACUCUGCCCCCUCUUCUUCCGCCGUCACCACGGCGACGGUAACGGCGACGGUAACGACGGCAACCGCCACUCCAACAACCCUGACCACCCCGAAGACUCCAAAAGCCGCUGAACACAACAGCUUGAAUCGUGAGUCGGAGCGAGAGAGAGUGACGGAUUGGGAGAGAGACAGAGAGAAAGAGAGGGAGAAAGACCGACAGGAAGUCGCAAUGCCGAGCUUAGAGUCAAAAAUCAACAACUUCCUGCAAGUGAAUCCCGGAUUUGCAGGCGUAUUCGAGGCGGAAAGUAACAGCCCACUGCUUGUGGGCGGAGACGCCACACCGGUUCGAGACGAAAGGGGCGGGACUCCAACACAGGAUGAAAUCGUUGACAGCCCUUGCGUUAUGGGCCACAAAGCCCACGUUUCCUCGUGGGGCACCGAAGACGACCGGAAGGACAGAGACUACCGGACCCCGUCGGGGAAGAGUGCGGCGAAAAACAAAGAGCAAGAAGUAGGGAAGAGGAGGAGUGAAGCAUCCCCUGGCCACGCCCCAUCCUCCUCUUCCACUUCGUCUUCCUUCUCUGCGCAGGAAGUGGCCACGAAAGCUAAAACGGAAGGGAGAAGAACGAGUGUAGGAGCUCAGAGAGAAAAAGGCAAGGAGGAAAAAGUAGGGAAGAAAGCAGCAAAGAAACAGGAAGUGAUGGGCGGAGACAACGAACGCUAUCAUCGCAUCGAAACCGUGGUUACCGCGGCAGCGGGCGACGAAGCCGGAACCAUAGAUCCGCUCAGCUACAGCAACCGCAUCCAGACAGUCGAGAGCAUUCGUGUGAUUGGUCGAGGUCCCAGAAGGUCCAGUGGUGCGACCAGAGGGAGUGGGGUGUGGUACGAAGAGGCGGAGUUUAUGGAAGCCUCACCUCUGCCUCACCCCGGAAAUCACGGCCCUGAUGGUUCUGGAGACCACGCCACAUCUGCCUCAGCUCAUUUGGUAGCUCCCCAGGGGCAAUACUCGUCACCACCUCCCCCUCCCUUCUUCCCUCCUUCUCAACCCCUGGCCCCUCCAGUUGUCCCUCCUCCUCACAUUGCCCCGCCCACUCAACCCCCCUUGACCCCUUCUAGGGACUUCCCUCCCUCCCCUACUACUACUUCUGUGAUGGUGGGUGGCAUCCUGGUCCCCAUUGACCGAGUUUUGCCCCUCCCACCUGCUAAUCUGCGUCCAGAGUCGGUGGCAGCCCAUAGGGGCGGGGCUAUCACGUCCAACAAUUCUAGGGGUAAAUUGUCUCACUCCAUGCGCCCCAUUCAUCGCCCGCUAUUGCAAAGCCCGACCUCGCCUUCGCCCACCACCCCAACCACACCCACAACCCCUACCCCUUCCAGAGAGCCCCGCCCGCUCUUGCCCUCCCCACCCCGACCCCUUCUUCGCUUGCCUUCACAGAGGCUCCCGUUGCCCCUCCCCCUUCCCCGAGAGCCCUUGUUGCCAGGUGCAAAGCGACCUGGCCACGCCUACAGAGGUGGAUCGUUACAUGCUCCUAAACGACCGUUUUUGCCUCCUCGCUAUUAAGGGUUACAAUGCUGUCUGAUCAUGCUUUUGCUUAGGCCCUGUGCCCUUGCUACUAAGGCCAAAGGUCACAUGAUAUGAGCCUAAACACAUGCACACUUAAGCCCCUCCCCCAGCUUGGUUUCCCUCAAAGCCAGUUACUUAGACGAGAUGGUGGGAUGAACUAGGAGAUAAAGGAAGAUGAACAGAGAGAGAAAAGGUGGUUAUUCUGAUCAUUUCCACUUAUCUUUGUGCAAACGUGUGUGUGUGUGUGUGUGUGUGUUUGUUUGUGUGUGGAAACACACAAAACCAGAUUAUUCUGAAUGAUCUAGGUCUGUAAUUAAGAAUGUAAAUAGAAGCUUUCUCUCUUUCCUGUGUGGCUUCUGCAUUCCUGCUCUCAAGCUCUAUCACUCUCUCUGUAAACACACUUUAACCUCUGCUUCACACUUAUAUCAAAGAUCUGGAUUAAACCUGCGUUCACAUUAGAAAUCGUCACUCCAGGUUUGUGGGCGUGGUCUGUCCAGCUUCUUUUCAUUUCCGAAAAAAGAAACAUCAGUAGCCAAAAGGUAUAAAGUCUGUUGUACGAAUUUAUACGUUACUUUUGCUUAAAGCUUCUUUCCGUGCUCUGUUUUCUUUCCGGAAUUGGAGCGAAACGCAAGCAGAUACUAGAGAGUUGAGCAUUUGUGGGUGGGGCUUUGUCACUAAUGUGAACGCAGGCUUAUUGUUGCUCAACGGCAAAGAUAUACAAUCUCAAGUUUCAACUAUUACAUGAAAGCAGAAUUAGUCUAGCAAAAAAAAAAAAAAAAAUCUCAAUCUUAAUGCUUCCUUUUUUUCAUACUUCCUGUCUUUUGAUUCCUUGGUUAAAUUUAUUAUUAUUAUUUUUUUUUUAGUUCUCGCGUGUAUUAUUACUAAUAAAAGCCCUGCGUUGAGAAACAUGAA